AUUUUUGACUUGGACGAAUUUACAGAGAACGUCUUCGAAGAUAUUCGACAUGGUGUGCCUAUCGUCGGCUCCGACUACUCUUCCGGCUCGUAUGUUGUCGAUCCUUUCCAUGGUGCCGACGGGCUUGUCGGCCAGCACCCUUCUCAAAGCUCCUCCCUCCCCUCGGCUACGCCGAGCGCCACAACUUCCGCGAUGAUGUUUUACUCAGAAUUGCCAGAUGAGGAUAAGCGUCCUGCCUGGGAUACCAUUGUUCCUCAAAACUUUCAGCGGAGUAAGUCACCAGAAACUGACUCCACCUCACACAUGACUGUGGACAAUGUGUUGGUGCCACCACCGACCAUCGUUCGCGGAAACAGGAGGAUGGAAGAGUACAGUUACAAUUUGCACGCUCUCGAACAUGCAACAGUAGAUGGCCUGGAUGCGAUUGGAGGGACUCCUUCAUUUCCCUACCCGCAAUCAGUAUCCACUGGCAUCCGCGAAGUCGAUUACACCGAGGACAAUGCCCUCAAACACAAUAACAAUUCAACAGGAGCGUCUGACUUUGUGGAAAAUUUCCCCAUCGUCGGCUUAGUUCCAGUCGCUGAACAGUCAUCUGUCCAAGGGCUCUGGCCCAUGAUGACAUCGAACGCGGCCUCACAGAGGCAUCCUACACAGACGCCAUUUAUGGCUGCUGAGUACAACAGCCAAUUCUUCCCCUUUCCUCUCGGCGGACAGCCACCAAACGUGGCGCCGGAGACCCUGCACCAAUUCAGGUCGGCACCCGAUACGACGACGGGGUAUGGCCUUGAUUCCUUCACUCAGCCGUCCUUCAUCGGCGAGCUUUUCACUCCGAGACCAUCGCAAGCGCUGUCAUGGCCAGCCACUCAACAGGCCCCCUCGUAUCACACUCAGGCUCAUCGCGAAUUCGAGCCGUUUCACGCUCCAGGCCCAUCAUCAUCCCAGAGUCCCUUGAUGCCUUGGCCGUUCGGCGCUGCGGGGGGGAAUGCCUUCGCAUCGGGUCCGACACCUUCCGCCAGCACUAGGUAUGAUGGCGUUCCAUCCUUCGUCUCUGCAGCCGAGCAGGCCUUUAACCAAGGCUUAUGGAUGCCCAGUCAGGCGUCUCAGACCAGAGCGACCUAUCCCCAACCCCUCCCCAUUCCAGUCGCUGAACCGUCAUUCGGCGUCGCCUCGCAGGGACCGAGCUCGUCCUCUUCAGUGCUUGAGCCAUCGAAUGCCGCCCCGACGAUGGGAAAGAACUAUCAGACACCGUAUUUGCUGGCCAAGGUCAAGUGCCACCUUUGCGAAAAAGGCUUCAACAGAGGAUCCGAGCUCCACGACCACUGGAGAACGAACAAACACCGCCUGCGAGAGCUCCAAGCGGAGAACCCAGGAGUUGUGGUGACCGUGGCAGACUUAAUUCCAAACUGCUUCUGCCCGUCGUGUGGCAAAGGGUACACAACCCCGUACAUUGUGACGCGACACUUGAAGACGUGUAGAGGCCGGAUCUAA